AUGGAGCCAGGGAACGUCACAUGGGUAUCAGAGUUUGUCUUCCUGGGACUUUCCCAGACUCCAGAGCUCCAGCUUUUCCUGUUUCCGGUGUUCCUGUUUGUCUACACCACCACUGUCGUGGGAAACCUCCUCAUCAUGGUCACGAUGACCUCAGAUGCCCGGCUCCACGCACCCAUGUACUUUCUGCUCUGCAAUCUGGCUGUCUUAGACCUCUCCUUCUCCUCUGUCACUGCCCCAAAGAUGCUGGUAGACUUCCUCUCUGAGACGAAGACCAUCUCCUACCAGGGCUGCAUGGCCCAGAUCUUCUUCUUCCACUUUCUGGGAGGCGCCAUGGUCUUCUUCCUCUCGGUGAUGGCCUAUGACCGCCUUGUUGCCAUCUCCCGGCCCCUCCACUAUGUCACCAUCAUGAACUCUCAGCUCUGUGUGGGGUUGAUGGUGGCUAGCUGGGUAGGAGGAUUUGUUCACUCCAUUGUCCAGCUGGCUCUGAUGCUCCCGUUGCCUUUCUGUGGUCCCAAUGUCCUGGACAACUUCUACUGUGAUGUCCCACAAGUGCUGAGACUCUCAACUAGCUCAGUGUCUCAGGUUCAAAUUCCAAAGCCCUAUGAGAAUAAUCUGAUGGGCUGA